GCUGUUUUUCUGGACUUAAGUAUGUUGUUUUUCUGGGGUAAUUGUUGUUUUCUGAGUUAAUUUUCUUCGUUGUUCAUUGUUGUUAACAGGGCUGGACUGUUGUUAUCUUGUUCUGACUUCUGGGUUAAUUAUUGUUGACUAUUGGUAAUGUUCUGAGUUAUUUUUGUGCUAUUAUUCUAUUUGAGUUAAUUUGUUAGUUGUUGGCUUGUCGCUGAGUAAAAUUAGUUAAACUUAAAAACUUGUGCUCUUCAACUGGAUCCGGCUCUGAUUGAUACUGGAAGAAGGGUUUUCAGUUGAAAUCCCAGAUGAAUAAGCUUGUUUGCUGCGCCACUGUUGCUAAAUAAUAGCCUCAGCUAAAGCUCAUCAGAAAAUUGUUGAAAAGCUCUGAAAUUUCACUCUGUUAUUCUCUUGGAGUUGGGGAUGUGGCAUUCUAAGGAGGAUCAAAAGGGCGUUGUCGUUGAAGUUCAUCUUCAGAGCUGAGCGAGUGUUGUAUCUGGUUGAAGUUUUCUUCAACCUCAAAUAGUGCGUUCUCCCCUCUCCUAUCUCUUCGUUACCUCAAAAAGCUAACAUGGCGGUUGCACCCUGUAUCACGGCUGCUGCACUUCCUAGUUGCGCCACAAAACUCUACUCAGGGUUGAAACUUCAAUCUCCAAGUAUCCCUAAUUCUCUUGCGUGUAAACCUAAUGUCUCCGCUGAGUUCUAUGGAAAAGUUCACAAGAGUCUGCAUUGCGGGUAUGCUAAUCACAAACCAGCAAGGGCACAAAUUCAAAUGAUGCCCAUAGGGACCCCUAGAGUCCCCUAUAGGACACCUGGUGAAGGAACUUGGCAAUGGGUUGAUUUGUGGAAUGCCCUUGUAAAGGGUUAUUGGAUGCAGUAUCGAGAGCGUGUUCUCUUCAUUGGACAAAACAUAGAUGAAGAAUUUAGUAACCAAGUAUUGGCAACCAUGCUGUAUCUUGACAGUAUAGAUAACGCCAAGAGGAUGUAUAUGUACAUCAAUGGUCCUGGUGGAGAUCUUACACCAAGCUUGGCUAUCUAUGACACUAUGCAGAGCUUGCAAAGUCCUGUAACCACCCAUUGUGUUGGCUAUGCCUAUAAUCUUGCAGCAUUUCUUCUUGCAGCCGGAGAAAAGGGCAACCGCUUUGCAAUGCCUCUUUCCAGAGUUGCUCUGCAAUCUCCAGCGGGAGCUGCUCGGGGUCAGGCUGAUGACAUCCGCAAUGAAGCAAAUGAGCUUUUAAGAAUCAGAGAUUACCUCUUUAACGAGUUGGCUAAGAAAACAGGCCAGCCUAUUGAGAGG